AUGUGAGAGCGUGCAUGUGUGUUUGUAGAGUCUAUUCCUGAUGAUAUUUAUGAUGAAUUAGUGGAUGAAGGGUACCUGGAUGAUAUCCUAGAUGAUUUUAUUGAUGAAGAUGUUGAGACUGAUGAAAUUGAAGAUGAGGAACUUUUAGAAUUUAUGGAGGAGGAUGAUGCAGAGGGAUUAACGGAGAGAGUGAGGAAAGAAUUUGAGGAAAAACUGUUGGACUGGGCGGCAAGCCAAGAGGGAGAAGUAAUGGAUAGCUGGGAGUUAUGCGUGGCCACACAUUCAUUAAAGCGACAUCAUUUGAAAUUAUUAGCAUGGAGAGAACGAAACAGAAUCGGUUGGAGCACCACUAGUGCCAAAGGAGCCAAAGACCAGACGUCGGAAAACCAAAAAGGACCAAGGAGUCAACAAAACCCAAGAAAAUAUAAAAGCCCAAAACGCCAUUCAGACCAAGAAAACCAAAAAAGCCCAAAAGGCCCGAAAAACCCAAAAAGCCGAAAAAUUCCAAAAGGACCAAAAAGCCAAAAGUCAUAA